AUGCCAGCCAUCAAGAGGCCCGAAGCUAAAGCGGGAGCUGGUGGCCAAGCGCGUGCGCAAGCCCGAGCCAGGCCAGGGGUGAGGGUUAUCCAUACGUUCGCCGGGGCCGGCCAGAUCAUUAAGGACGUGUGGAGUGCCAGCCCCAGCGCUAGUACCAGCCUAGGUAGUAGCAGCCCAACCACGACGGAGCUGGACGAGGAGAUGGAUGAUAGGGAUGGGGUCAAGGCUACAGAUACAGAGGUGGAGGCGUGGCAGAUGACCCCCGUGGAGCAAGCGUGCUUAGAGUUUUAUAUCGAGCUAAUGAACCAGCGCCACCGCACGCACGAGUACGAGAGCGCGCUGGUGUGCGCCAUGGCCAUGCAAGGAUGGGGCGAGGCGCGCUAA